UUAUUCAAUGGAAAAUUUUAUUUUCAGUAUCUUGAUACCGUAGACUAAAUUAUUUGUACGCGGCAUCGUAGCGGAACACCAGGUUGCUGAGAUGGCUAUGAAACCUGCCUUCAAUCCGUCCACCGGAAGUAUACUGGAUCUGAAUGGAAUGUUUGUGGGAAAAAUCAUAUAUAUUUAUGGAAGAAGCCACAAGAAGGAUGAUGCCAGUUUUGCUGUUAAUCUCCUGUGUGGAACGGGUGGAAGCGAAAUAGCACUACAUGUGAAUCCACGUUUUGCUGGCAAGGGCGUUGUUGUAAGAAAUUCUCGCAAAAGUGGAGUUGGGUGGGAAAAGGAAGAGCGAGAACCGCUGGAUAAGUUCCCUUUUAGCAAACCAGGAUCUCCCUUUGGAAUUUGGAUAAUUUGCCACCCCGACGCUUACGAGAUUCGAUGUAACCGAUAUAAGUCGUAUGCAACAUUCAAGCACCGAAUGGCGCUCAACUCCGUCACCCAUGUUCAGGUGACUCAAGAUUGUGAUGUCAGCCUCGUGUGCACUGGUAUAAAGGGUCUGGAGAUUCCGAUUCAAAUUCUGGAAAAACCGUCAGUGACGUUAAACUUUAAUGUUCCAGUCUUUAAUAUUCGAGAACAUUCUAUUACUUUCGCUGGAAAGCCAACGAGCUCGGAAGGAAGAUUUUCAGUAGACUUCGUGGGCGGGGACAAUAUUCAUCUUCAUUUUAAUCCAAGAAUGAACGAACAGCAAAUCGUACGAAACAGCAAAGAUGAUGGUGGCUGGGCCCAAGAGGAACGCGAUCUGGCAACACCGUUUCCCUUCUACCAGGGUGUCCCAUUUCAGGUGAAAAUAAGCGUGGUGAAAAAAGGCUUUGAUGUAAAAAUUAAUGGCUCACACGCUUUCCUAUUCAAAAAACGCCUUCGAUCAUUGAAAAGGAUUAGAAGGAUUUCCGUCAACGGUGACGUCGAGUUGGAGAGAGUGACAUUUUCUGGAUAAAACUUUCUACAAUCGGCGACAGGGAAUUUGGCGUUUUCGGAGAAUUGCAUUUCAUAAAUUUGUAUCUCUCAAUAGAACGUACUUCUUGUGUAAUCAGAAUAAUAUUGAAUAAAUGUAAUCCGUGUUCGA